AUGGUGAUGUCCCAGGGCACCUACACCUUCCUCACCUGCUUCGCGGGCUUCUGGCUCAUCUGGGGGCUCAUCGUGCUGCUGUGCUGCUUCUGCAGCUACCUGCGGCGGCGGGUGAAGCGGCAGCAGGAGGAGCGGCUGCGGGAGCAGAGCCUGCGCGCGCUGGAGCUGGAGCCGCUGCACUACGAGGGUUACGGGGGCAGCCCCCCCGGCCACCCCCCCCCGCCGUACAGCGAGGUGCUGAUGGACACGCGGGGGCUCUACCGCAAAAUCAACGCCCCCUUCCUGAGCCACGAGCGGCUGGAGAAGCAGGAGCAGCCCCCAAGCUACAAACCCCUUUUCCUGGAUGCCGGCUACGGUUCGGCACUGCACCUGCCCCGCUCGGCCAGCCCCGGUCCUGCCUGCCCGGACCUCUACCUGCAGGCAGAGUGUUCCCCCCGCAUGUUUCCCAGCUGGACGGACUCGGAGCUCAGCAGCAGGGACACCUACGAGCCGGGACCCUGGCACCUCCCGGUCUCCAUGCCCCUCUUCGGCAGGACUACCGCUGUCUAA